AUGGGAUAUAGUUGGCCUUUCUUUAGAAAAGGUUUCACGCGAGUCAACUGCACGGAGUUUGUUCCUCUUAACCAGCUUAUCACGCUUCUUGUUGUUCUACCACAUGAGCUGUCAGCGAAAGAGCAGCUAAAUUUUUUUCAAGGCCUACAGAAGUACCAUCCACAAAUAAAUAUUGUACUCGCAUCUAAAGAAGAACUUCAACGAGAGAGUAUAAAGAAGAUCAAGCUGAACUUCAAGAAUAUAGUCUUUAAGGAUCUCUAUUGUGGUAAGACUUGGAACUCGUUAUUACAGGAAGUGACCACGCCCUACGUGCUUCUAGCUCCGGAUGCAACUCACUUUAACGAUGAUAUUGAUCUUGAGCGACUCGUCCGCGUACUCAGUGAGAACGAAGAUGCUAUCAUUGCCGGGGGGAGUCACCGAAAUCAAGAGGGGGAGUGGGACAUUGGUUGUCUUCAAGUGACAUUUAAAAACUGGACUGCCUAUUUUAGGGGCGGUUAUUACCAGUCAUACCGUAACGAGUGCAUUAUAUGUGAUGUGCUGUCCGGUCCAUUUAUGGCCAAAACUGAGAACCUGAAGGAGAUUGGAAUCGACAAAUAGUAAGUAAUGUCAACUGAACAGUAUAAUUAUUACCUAGAUAAAACUUAAAAGAAUUCUGUAAUUAUCUAACCGCGAUCAAGGCAGGCAACCUAAGCAAUUAAGAAAAGACUGGCAGAUUCAGCCGAGCCUAACAGCGGAGCUCCCAUUAAAUAUCAAACGUCUGCUUAAAGCAAUAAACCUCAAAUUAUCGCAAAGAAACUCACAAAUCUAAUCUCUUUAACUUAGUAUUUCUACAGCAUUAUCAAAGACUUCAGCUUGAGUCCGUGGUUGAAUUAAUUAACAAGAUCUCCAUAAUUCUUCAUAUGAUCAUGAUACGAAAGCCGAAUUCAGUGGUUGUUUUAUUAUUCAUUCAAAAUAAUUCCUAGUUUAAAAACAAAGCUAAAACAUGCACCAGUCCAUCGAUGUUAAGUUCACCUUCGAUACUGCACGUUUAGGGUUGUUCAGCUCCGCAAAUAUUCUCCAAAUAGCAGAUGUCGCCCUUCGAGUUGUGUUCUUGCUGUUCUUGCCAUGUUUUUAGCUAUAAUUUCGCCUAGUUCUUUCUCUUGAAACGAGUGAAAUGUCCACCAUUUUUUGCUUUCACAACUAAAAGAACUCAACCUUGCCCCCAGGUCGUCUCGGUUAACGGUACAUUAACCUGCAAGAACGCUGCAUUUUUGACGUCAUUUCCUUGUUAAACUCAAAAUUCUUCCAAAUUUGGUCAUCAGUAACUGGUUAUGGUGAAUUAUGCGUGUGCUUUUAGCCAAUCAGAAUCGGGGAAAUAUUUUGAAUGAAUAAUAACAUAAGAUAAGAGGGCUCUUAACUUCUGUUCUAGAACAAUAUCCUAUUGUUUUGAAAUAAAAGUUACGAGUUCCCUUAAUCUUUAAGAUGUUUUUUGCAACCGGACCCUGAACCUGUAAAAAUAUUACGUGAUAUUGAGUAGAUGUCAAUUGAAUAUGAUCUGAGCUGCGUAUAUCACUUUCUCAAUGGCGAACGAUGGCUUAGUCUGAAUUUUAUGUGCCUGGGACAUGGGGGGCACGACUCCAAUAGGCCGGCUAUAUACCUUCUAAAUAUUCUCGGCCUUCAAGAUACAUAAUUCCGUUACCCUGUGGGUAAAAAUAACGAGGAAACCAAAUAGCAUCGGGCGUCCAUCUUUGUGCUCCGAGCGAAAACAGAGCAGCAACUCUGCAACCGGAUGUGAUGUCAUAAAUCGGUGGAUCAUAGGUACACGAAAUUUCGCUAAGUCGUUCCCCCCCAACCUCCCCCUCCCCCUGGCCUGGGUAAGCGUAACUUCUUACAUUGGUUUUUGACCGCGGACGGACGUACGGCCGAACGAACUUCAAUUUGGAAAGAAAGGACAGCGGAUAAUAAAUCAAUGCCUCAGCUUAACUUCUCCGUAGUCACUGUCGCCGAUACGAUUUAAGGACACAACGGAUACGGUCAAGCCUUUGUGUCCUGCCAAAUUUACGAUAUGAUUUUCACAGUGUCACGCAGCCAAAAAUAAAAAUCAAAACCAUUCAAUAUAGAUAAAGUCAAGAAUCUGGGAAAUCAUGAAAUUCGAAAGGAGGUAUGCAUUUCGCUACUACAGAUCAAAGAGACUGUAAGGAGCUUUAGCAAGGACGAGGGCGACGGCAGCGAGAACGCCAAAAAAAGCAAUAGGUUUUAUUUGCAAAACAACAACUUUGCACUUGCACCACCCUUUUUUUUCUACAUUUCUUUGCCGUCAUUACAAGUUACUCGAGAAUUUCCAAGAAUUUUCCCGUAAUUUCUCAAAAAGGGUGAGUUGCUCAACAGUUACUCAAAAAACAAAAAACGUUUUUUGAUCUAAUGCUAAAAUAUGGAAAUUGUACAACAAAAGUAAGAUUUCUGAGCAUUUUUGUGCAAUUCUGCGGCGUAACUAGCGCUGCUAAAUGACUUGGCCCUCACUUAAAAUCAAAAAAUGUAAUGAGCCAAUAAAAUUGUUGAAUGCCCUUCACCCGAGACGCUCAAGUCAGUCGAGUGUGAAUCUUUCGUCCACCAUUUUGAAUUUUCUCUAAAAACCGCUGACCUAUAUUUUGCCAUGAUCUGCCCCAGCGGGGGAAUGAUUUGGCUCCAUUUUUUACAGGAAAGUCAUAAAUUGUCUACAAAAACAUUGUGAAAUAUGGAGGAAAGGCCAACGAGCAACUUUUUGCAUUCUAAGCAAUUUCUCUAGUUAUCUUCUAAUUCUGAGAUAUCGGAGCAGCUUUUACUAAAAGCUGCUCCGAUAUCUCAGAAUUAGAAGAUAAGUAGAGAAAUUGCUUAGAAUGCAAAAAGUUGCUCGAAAUACGAGAAGUUGCCAAGAAGUUGCCGCGCAACUUCUGGAAAGCCCUACCUAAGUUCACGUUUUGUGGCCAUGGAAGGCGUAAACAAGGGACACCGAGUUUUUCUUUCUCUUUGAAAACUUGAGUGUGGUCCCCAAGAAAUCAACUCCAGGGAAAUUCGCCUUCAUUUGACAUUUUCAGCGAAUUGCACUUAGCGCUACAAAGUUUGAAAAAACUCGAAAAUGAAUUCAUUUUAAAAGUGACGUUUUCGCUGCUAUCGCCGUCGUAGAUGCUAAAACUCCCUUAUAAUAUUAAAACGAGGUGGCCGUUUGACGGGGUUGGACCGUCCUGAAUUACGUAAUCAUGACUUGCAAAUAUCUCUUUUAUUUUCUAAACUUGCUUUCAGUUUAACAUACGGCGUUUUCCAAGACAUUUUCUGGCGUCUAAAAACUAAGCACCCGGAAAAGGUGGUCGUCAGCUGUCCUGACGUCAUGUUCUAUAAAUAUUCACGAGAGAUCCCGGAUGAAAACUACGUCGACUUGACUAGAAAAUGGAACGUGAAGAAAUGGGUCGAGUCUAGUGGCAGAGUCCGCUGGUAUGGAUGCAGGCAUGGCUAUUCUCAUACUAGCCCAGGCAAUUGCGACAGUUUUCAAUCGGGAAUGGCAGUGCCCCCAUGUGAUUUGGAAAAUCUCGCGGAUGCAGUCAAGUUCGUCAUGAAAGAGUGCGAAAACGCAGGGUUGUUGUGCGAGUUAACAGACGGAACUUUGACCGGUAAGAUAGUAUUCCAGCAUUUCUUCCUGCCUUCUCAAAUUGAAAGGGGACUGUUUAAAAAUCGGAUACAGUAAAAAGCCGCGAGUUAGAACCUGGUUUUUAAGGACCUGUCAGGCUAAAAUUUCCCAGUCAGCCCCCUCUAUAUAAGAACUUGUUUAGCCUUAAAUGUGAAACAGGUUCUUAUUUCUGUACACUUUGGCAAAUGAGAUAAGUCAACAUUCAUGAUCCUCUUUGGAGACAUAUUGUAGGUGCCUUAUCAUUCUAACUGCAAUGUAAAUGCCAAUAGUGAAAUUCAAAUAAAAUGUUAUUGAUUUUAUUAAGGACUAAGCUGAAUACCACUCAAUAAUGUUAUCAACAAUGUAUAUUUUUUCUUCAGAAAGAAGGGCCUAAUCAGAGAACCUAAAUAGCCUAAAUUUGUGCUAAUUACCAUUUAUAUGUAAGAACCUAUUUAGGCUGACUUGGGAAAAUGCUGGUUCUUACUCGCAGAUUUUUACUGUAAUCCUCAAUUGUGGUGUAAGGUCUUCGCCUAUCAUCGCGAAACUUUUACCCUCUUCCGCUACAUACAGUAUUCGGAUCGUCUUUUUGCAGAUCACAAUGUUUUGCGCCAAAACUGACGUCACACUCUCCCUAAUAAAAGGGAGCUUAAGCACCAGGCGUUUUUGAGUCACGAACGUCAACCGGAAGUCCAAAGUUGCGUUUCGUACUUACUGCGCAUGUCUUGCCGUCCGUGACUUGUCGUCACCGACCUGAAAACCCCGCGCUUGCCGUCCGUGCUGGUUGUCACCGACGCCAUGGACUCAGGAAAAGAAGAACAUGCUAUGUAAGUAAUCGGUGUGUCCUUAAUUUUCUUUUCUGAACCGGAGAGGAUUCUUAUCUUGCAUGUUUUCAUUUUCGACAUUGUUUUUUACUCCAAAAGAGUAUAUUUUUGAGGAGCAAAACAUGUAGUUCCUAACAACAACUUCUUUCGCACUCAGGUACGAGUUGUUUACAUCGUUCACUCGGCAAAAAUACACUUCUUUGCCGACCACCGCUUUUUGCUUUCAUAGUUCAAAGAAGUUACAAACAUCUUUUUUUGUCCAACUGUGAUUAUUGUGCAUGCAAAUAUGUGGUCAAACAUUUCAAUGGUUAACUUGUACAUGUUUAUCCUGUUUGUUUGAAUGGAGCUCCAGCUCAAAGUAAUUAAUUAAGAUCGAGCAUCAAGGAACACCCCACUUUAUAAUAUGUACAGAAGAGGAAGUAUCGUUGAAUUGAAGAAAUUAAUGCCUUUUACACAUUUUUGACAAGUUUUCAUUCGAUGCUUUGUACGAAAUCGUUAUAAAGAUCGCUAGAUCCCGAUCUCAGAUCUCAAUCUGCUAUACAGAAGUCAGUAGCGAUAAGACCUUCAAAUUGGUAAUCUUCAUUAAUGCUCAAUGAAUAAGGUUCCGUGGUGUAAUGGUUAGCACUCUGGACUCUGAAUCCAGCGAUCCGAGUUCAAAUCUCGGUGGAACCUGCAACCUUUUUUUUCCCUUUUUUCCUAUACAUGCGAGGAGGUCCUAGAGGUUAUCUAAGAAGGCUCGAGGGUGAAAGGGACGGGAAUUCUUGUUGGAACACUCGUAUUUCAAUCCUAAACGAGACAAUCUGAUCGUGGUUCAGGCUUUAGUUCGCCCCUAAAGAAGAUUUUAAAUAUGAAAAUGAAUCGCAUCUGCGUAGAUUUCUAGUUGAUAUGGGUUGAGGAUUGCGUGGUUCCACUGCUUAAUCCGAUGAGCAUGUUGAUUGAAAAUUUCAUCAAUCACACAGUUUGAGAUCAUGCUCAGCUCUGGAGCAGGCCUCCCAAACUGGGGAAUGAGAUCGGAAUAGCGACACGGGUAUGCCAUUCUUCGGAGCAGCAAACAUAAUCCCUCCAACUGAUCAGCCACUGUUCUUUGACUGCAUCGAAAAACCUCAGGUAAACCAAGAACUUCGGCCAGUUCUGGAAUGUCGUCUUUUUGGAAACGAAAGUUGGCCUUACACUCCGGUUCCUCUAUUUCUUCUAAGUUAAAUCUGUCGUAGUUUUCGUAGGAAAACUCAGGAUUUCUGGAUGUAUUUUCGUUCAGUAAAAGAAGAAGCUCCUCGUCCGAUAUCGCCUUUUCGCUGUGCUCCAUCAAAAGCAAUUCUCUAGUUUGUUUAAAAAACGCCAUGUAGCGAGAAAGAUAACCUGAUUCUCAGGUUACCACGAGAAAACCAGUGUUUACAUUGUCGUUUAUAUUUCUUAAAUUUUGCGGCCGCGUCCGUGGCGGGAAGUCUAGUGCUUAAAACAAAUAUUGGCGCCAAAAACGCCGUCUUCGACUUAGUCUCCACUCGGUCCCCCCACGUUCGUGUUGUCAAAAACGCCUGGUGCUUAAGCUCCCUAAAGAUGGCCACUCGGACCCCGGGUAGCACUAGAAAAUCCGUGCAUACAAAACUUAAGCAGUCUCCUGAAAUAGCAACCAGCAUAGUACUUGAAAAUGGCAAAUUCAGUUAACGAUUUUCUUUUCAGGUGCAGUCAAAUUCAACAAAGUGUUACCAUGGGAACGUGACGCAGACAUUACCUUCCUGUCAGCCAAUUACUCUGCGUUCAAGCAACUCGAAUCCAAAUUUACAGCGGCCGGUUUCAGAGUUGAAAGCAAUGACAAGGCACUGAAAUGCUGCGUGGACGGGAGACAGUCAGGGGGAACAUUUGACUUGUUUACAACCCACUGGAAACUAGAACUGUGGGGCCAAUACAAGGUGGACUCAGAAGAUCUUAUAGCGAGUGGUUUGAAGCCUACUAAAAUACAGUUUGCCGGGCAAUGGGUCAAUGUUAAUCGUAAUCCGGGACUUUUUGUCCGUAACCGUUAUGGGUUUAACGUUUACCAACAUGCCGAGCACUGGAGUGACCUGGGAAGAAAGUCUUCGUGGGAAUUUUACCGGCCAAAUCUGUACAUGAAAUGCCCUCGACCAGGACACUCUGCUUGCCUCGACCAGUAUCCGGUCGACGGCAAUCUUCAAUUCAGUGACUACCCCCAAAUCUGAGUAACUUCCUGAUAUUGUAAGUGGAGAGUUUACAUUACUUUCCGUAGAGGAAUAAAUUUCAACCUACACUAGAGAUGUUUGUUUUUUUGUUUUCUCACUCAGAGGAACUAAAGCUGUGACUUUUAGCGCUGUUUAGCUAGAACCGAG